AUGGCUCCAAAAGCCCCUGCAAAGACGUUACUCAGCAAGGCGGGCGACUACACCGCAGCGCAUCUGACAGUUUUCAGGGAGAAGAUCGCGAGUCGUCCAGCCGUCAUAGCGCGACCACGCCUGAAACUUUUCGAUUACUGGAUGCUAGCCAUCCGCAUUACUGCCAUUGGCAUCAUCAUCGCUGCAAUUACACUCGGAGCGACGCGCACGUACAUCUCCAUAGGCCUAAGUCGUGUGUUCGGCGAAGAAGUAGACGCAGAUCUCAAGCUAGCCUUUCUCGGCUUCUUCAACAAAAGUCUGGACGUACUCCUGAGGUGGGGAACGACGGCGGGCGAUCGGAAAACUAUGAGGAUCGAGUAUCCCAAAGUGUUGUUGGGAGGCAUCGACUGGGGGAAUAUGCUCGGUGUCGGUCAGUCCAACAUUGGAGGAGAAGGCUACCCUCCAUGGGACUGGGCGCUUGGCAUGUCUGCUUCUCUCGCGUUCAUCGGCUUAACGCAUGUUGUUUCAACAAUCAAGGAAACCCAGAAAGGCUGGCGGCAUGUUUACGAUUACCGAUUAGACGGAGAUCCAUGGAAGCGGUGGACUGCGCUCAAUACCGACUUCACCCGUUCACAGGGAUCAGUCGAGACGAUCUCAGCGGAUGAUGGGCAAGUGACGAGUGUCUACGACUGGCUCAAAAGAACGAACCAUCAGCCAACAUCUUCAUCCAUCGGUUGGACUGGUAACUUGACGCUUGUGCUGCCAGUGUUGAACACGGUGUGUAUGCCAAUGGAUUCCUCGAAUCUGGAAGGGUCGAUCAUUAUCCGACCGCCAGCUAAGAACGAAUCUUCUGAAGCGGUGAUCACAACCAAUUUUGGGCCAGUCCCGUCCUUGGGCUUUGAAGGUGCCAGGUGUUCCAGCGUAUUCCGACAUGGGACGUACGCAGUCAAUGUGUGGAUCGUUGAUAGGGCAAGUCCCGACCUCAGCUUCAACCAUUACGGCGCUGAAUGGAAUCAGAAGAUCGUAUACGAACUCGUAACUGCAAGCGACUUUGAUGUUGCCGACGGAGUAGGAGGUCAAGCGCGUGACAUUAUGCCGAGGCUCGAGCCUUUGGUUCCGUCGACAAGACUUCUGCCCCAUUUCCUACUCAUGAGUCGCAAUCUCCAGGCAAUCGAUCCCGUUGUCAACUCCGACGCCAUGGGUCUGUCAAUCGUCGUGGGUGUCCUAUUGCAGAACGUCCUCAGCAUGGGCAACAAGUACUGGUCUCCCCUUCCAUCGUCUCUGCCUUCUCGUUCCGAAGAGAGGCUCGCAUCAUAUCCCAUACAGUGGCAACUGUAUGGGUCUAGUCCGCGUCUGAAGUGGGAGUGGGCAGCCGUCGCCGUUCUCGUAAUUGUGUUACUAUCUUUCUGCUUUGGCAUGUAUCAGACUUUGCGGUACUGGAUGGCGCCGGGUCCGUGGGUACAGCUUGAUGGUAUGAUGAUGAUUGCGCAACAAAGCCCGCCACUGCAAGACAUUGGAGAUGAGAAGAAGGCACAGAAAAGGACAUACUUGAUCGAGAAAGAUGGGAGUGGGGAGUUAAUACUGAGGAGUAAAGCAGGGUAG